CCACCUCGCCUGCUUGUUGUCGCCGCGUUGUCAGCUGCUAUCACCAGCUGAUAGGAGGCUAACCAUGAUAGCAGUGUGAUAAUACAUAGAGCGUGCGUGUGAAUUAGUUAAAAGUAGUAGUAACAAUAUAUAUAGACACAUGUAGAUAACGACGACUGUCUGAUUACAAUGACCCUGGUAGGUGUUGGUACACUAAGAACGACACAUAGACGUCUGGUAGACAACAGUGAUAGCUUUACGACCAGGGAAUAUGUAUUAUAGUAAUACAGAAAUAGCACAACACACAAGUACAACAUAACGCGGGUAUUGAUACACUAACAGCAACAUCACGUAGGUGUUAAUAUACAAACAAUAGUAUAAUGAUCAAAGAAUAUCAAUACAUUAACAGCGUUAUGUUCACGUACGUGUUUACCACUUGUUAUAUGCACAUUUGAACACACGUGUGUUAGAUACACGCAUUUACACACGUUCUGCCAUAUACAUAUCUAGGCUUACACACAUUACACACAUGGUAUAUACACAGUACACACAUGUUAGAUACAGUACACACAUUUUUUACAGUAUGCACAUGUUAUAAUCACACACACCCAUAGGUUAUACAGACAUUACACACACGUUAGACACGUUAUACACACACUUGCAACAACAACAACACGUACAACAUGUGUAUACAGUACCCACGUGUUACAUACAAACAUUACACACUUGCAUACACGCAAACAAAACAAACACGUAUAGGUUGUAUCUACAGUAUCCACGUGCAAUCUUGUGUUGUACACAAGCACACGCCACGUACAUCUGAAGCCCUGUUUGUUACAUCCACUGCUGGAUGAAGGCUACUUUCACGCGUGUCCCACACACACACACAGGCUGCGAUAGACUGCAUGCAGAUUCCCACAACAGUCUUAACCGUGGUGAGCAUGUACCUGUUAUGAUAAAGAAGCACACCACAUGGCAUAAACAAUUGCUGAACACUGACAACACACGUGUUGUCGAACCAACUCGUCGUCAACUUGAGCGACUUGUUAACGUUGUAAAUCAGCGCGCGUGUUAAAGUUGCCGUGGCUGACGUGAGGGCCCACGCACCGCCUAGGCCUCGCUCGGGUCUUGGUUGCUUUUAGUUAAUAUUCCGUCAAUGUUAUAGUCGGGCCACUGUUUGUGGUGUUUGUUAGUGUUGUGUAUUGACUGACAGGCGUCAGCCCAUGCCAAGCUCGCUUCUGACCCCGUUGUCGCCAGGGGUUGGCUGGACACGAGCGGACGGGCGUGGUGCUGCCCGUUGCUGUGGGUUUUUUGGUUUGUGCGGGGUUGUUAAUGUUGUUUUUUAUGUUUUGUUUAUACGUAACACUUCUUCAUACGUACAUAUUGGUGUGUUUGUGUGUAUUCGUGUGUGUAAUGGAUCGAGUGCUCUGAAUCAAGACUAGAACUUGGACUAUUAUGCAAGUUAAGAUAACGAAAGCAGAGACAAGGUUCAAUCUUAAUAAUAAAUAACACUUAGAUCCUUCAAAAUAGAGGCCUUCUGGAUCAGAGUUUCCCAACAGCAUUUGUUUAUGCAGCAAACCCUUGGCCGUUUUUGCUUUGUUUGAGCCGAAUCAGCAGGUUGUCACCUGCUGAACAAAUUGUGCUGUCAAAUAUUGGUCCAGAAAGUCCGGUGGUCUGAUAGUUAUUUUAAAAACACGGUGGCUAGGAGAUGUUAACUAUCUCGCCUGGUAUACAGGAGGUCGUGGGUUCGAUCCCGACCCUGACGGCUGCUGUAUAUUUGGAGUUUGCAUCAUCUCCCCGCGGUCGCGUCGAUUUUUCUCCAGGUUUUCCAUCCACAUUUAGAAAAAGUGCGUUUAGAGUACAGUAUUUGGCUGCUAUUAAUUCACACGUGAUAAGCUACUUCUUUGAGCUAUAAUUUGUGGCCGGGCCGCUUCUGAAAAAGAGAUAUACAUUAUAGGUCAGUGGGCCUUACCUGGUAAAAAAUAUAGUUUAGUUUGAGUUUAAAACAUUGGUGGGCUAAGGCUGUUUUCCUCCUGUUCGCUACAGUCCAAUACUUUUGGCGAAUAUUUUGUUUGAUAUUGAAUGUGUUUGCAUUAUAUCGUUUAUAAAUGCAAGCUAGUGUUAAUCUUACUGACCCCAAAAAAAAUAGCAACUUGAAGUUCACACUAGAAUAAUUGCAAUGCCUUCAUUGCAAUAUUAAUGUUGCUAUAUUUAUGAUAUUGAUGCGUGUAAAAGCUUCACAAUAUCCAGACUUAUUUUCAUUGACAUGUUUGUCCAAUUCCCACAAUAAGGAGUGUUUAAUCGCAGGUCUCCUAGAAAAAUUGCCUUGUGGGAUCAAUGGGUGCUCUUAUUCGGUUACAUCAUCAUCUAUUUACAUCAUCAUCUAUUCACAUCAUAAAUAUUAAGCCAUAGAACCUAUGCAAUAGCAUUAACGAAUGUUAUGUAAUGUUUAAUGUGCAGCCCUUUUUUCAAUCCAUUACUAGAUGACCCGCCCCAACUGGAUACUUUGUGAUCACGAGCUUUGUAGCUCAUUGGAUUCCUCAAAAAUAAAUACAUAUUCUGAUUAUGAUUCAAUGCCUUUCGGUUAAGGCGGUUGUUUUCCUGUAUCGUACUCCCAUCACGCUGGCCAGUGCAACUUGUUGAAGGGAGUGACCAAUACUGGUUUAAAUAUCACUCACCACUGAUGUUAGCUGUGGCUGGAAAUUUAACUUAGAUUUCCAGUUGAUACCACAGUGUGCAGACCACUAUGCCACCACUCCCCCAUCAUAUAAUACUGUAGUAACUAUAUUCCUGAUACUGGAUUGUAAUUUCAUGGAAUUAGUAGCUGUGAUGCAAUCUAGGGCACUGUUUGUAUAUUGUGCCGUUUGCAAGUUUCUCUCCACAUUGAAUUUUGCUGCUGGGCCUCACAAGUGACUUGGUGUGACUGUCACGGGGUCACCCUCGUGAGAUCUUCAACUUUAUGGGUCUAAAGUUGAAGCCAAGCAUUCAUGACGGAGGUCAAAGACCUCAUUUAUUGACCAAGUGGCUCUGUUGGUUGGGUUAGGAAUCGGGCUGUGACUACCAGGUUUAUCCGUUUUAAUCGUGGUCUACACAAUAAGACUCUUUAGCAUCCCUAAUCGACCAGCUCUGUAAAAACUACAAUAAACAGACAGAAUGCCAAUUAUGCUUAAUAUAGUAAUGCACUGCAACGUUUGACUUAAACAAAUUUGUUGCCUGAGUAAUUAAGCAUAACUGAAAAGACAGCGCUUCUAAUUGCAAGUAAUGUACCGUCAAUUUGUUCUGGUAGCCCACAUAAAAGGGGCCAAAUGCAUUUCAUAUCAAAGCCAUUAGAAUGGAUAAACUUAAUGUACUUACCUUUCCAAUUAGUUGGAAAAUGGCUUCAACUUUGGUCUAAGCUCUGGCGUGUUACACAUUCCCAAUCCACUGCUGGACACUAAACAUUCGAUGCUGACAGUUCUUACUCCGUGCCUGUGUAAGUGCAAUAAAUGCCAUGCUAUGCAUAAGAGUUGGGGCAACAUUUCCUUCGUGAGGGCCAAAUAGGACUUUGAAAUAUAUUUGGUAAGCCGCACAUUUUGGAAUUAUACAAUAAGAAUACAAAAUAUGGUGAAGGCUUAACUUUACGACACACAUUGAUGUCGGGUCACAGUUGCAACGUAGGCACGCGGCUAAGAUACCUGCGGUGAUAAAUAUAAUUUGUGACCCAUUUUCAAUGUUAGGCCGCAUGUAGCUGCAGGCCAUAUGAAGCGGUCUGGCCUAUGGGCCAUCGGUUCCCCAAUCCUCCCAUUCAACAUCAUGAGCCAAGAUCAGCCCACUGCUGGUUGAAGGCCUCAGAUCAUAGCCAUCUCUCACGGUUCUGCCAUACACUUUACUGUAUUAAAAGCCAAGAAAUCUGUUGCAGGAACCUGGUGGUGUAGGGUUGGCGGCAACAGGGUGGUGCCAUGGCAGCCUUUGAACGCCGGCGUUUUCGCGAUGCUCGCCACUCCAGCACGCUGCUGCGCCUGCUGAACGACCAGCGCAUGGAGGGCGGUGCGCUGUGCGACGUCUCGGUGAUCGUCGAGGGCGUGUGUUACCCCGCGCACUGCUGUGUUCUGGCCGCGUGCAGCUCUUACUUCCGUAGGCUGCUGUGCGGCCACCCAGGCACAGAUCGGCCGGCUGUCCUGCAGCUCGACUUUGUGCGCCCGGCCGUGUUCGAGGCCGUUCUCGCUUACAUGUACACGGCCGAGAUCAGCGUCCAGCCCGAGGACCUCGAGCUGGUAGUGGCGUCCGGGCGGGCGCUCGGCGUGGCCUUCGUCGAUGAGAUCUGUGCGGAGAAGCGCGGCGCGUUGUGCGAGGGCCACUCCUGCCAGCCGAUGCCGUCGUCCGUGGCAGGGUCCGCUCCGCGACCCAUACCGGUUUCACCAUCGGAGGGACGACGAAAAGCGCGCUACCCCUACAGCAUCAGCGAUCGCAUCCACCGGCCCGUCAUGGCACCCUGCAGGCGUCGCUCACAUGACUGCCUGGAGGCAGAGAAAGGGCAGGGAGCCGUUGCCAUCGUCGUGAACGGGCCCUACUCGGGCAGCCUCGGCGAAUCGCUGGGCUCUGGAGUGAGCGGCCAUGGCAGCAGCUGCGAGCACGCGUGCGGCGUAAGUGGCGGCCUCUACCGCUGCAGCACACCGGGAGCCCUCGCCGGCCCUGUGGCGCUCGCCUCUGUGGCCGAGCAGUCACGCCACCACCACCACCACCGCCACCUGAUGCCAAGCGAGCAGGACUUCCUAGGCGGAGAGGACAUGGACGCGCUGCGCAAAGCUGCCGUGGACUCGGAGGCCACAGAGAACCUGGACUACUUCGUGGGUGUCGGUGGCAGUGGCGGCGGCGGCGGUGGUGGCAGUGGCGGUGGAACGUACUUCUGCGAGCAGUGCGGUCGUGCGUUCUCGUCCGAGCCGAGACUGCGUGCUCACGAGCAGCACCAUGUUGCCGAGCGGCCGUUCACGUGCAUCAUGUGCGACAAGGCCUACAUGCAGCAGCCCCAUCUCAGAGAGCACAUGAAGCAGGUGCACAUGGGCCUGAAGCCGUUUGCGUGCACGCGCUGCGGCAAGGCGUUUGCGCGGGGGCCCGACCUGAAGAAACACGAGCGCGUCCACACCAACGAGCGCCCCUUCAUGUGCCCGCUCUGCCUCAAGGCGUUCAAGCACAAGUCACACCUCAAGGACCACGAGCGGAGGCACCGCGGUGAGCGCCCCUUCGUGUGCCGCGUCUGCCUCAAGGCGUUCGGGAAGACGUCGGACCUCAAGCGGCACCUCAACACGAUGCACGGGCAGCACGCGUCGCCCCUGUCGCCAUCGCAGCUCAUGGGAGGAGGAGGAGGCGACGGCUCGGAUAUUUCUCACAUCGCUGGGGCUGCAGGGCUUUAGCUACUUGUCAAGAGGAGCCUCUGCAAUAUUUUGAGAAGUAAAGGGCGGGGGUUUGUGAACUUGUAAACUUAAAACAAUGUGUCGAGUAUUAAACCAAGAUUUUUCUAAUUCGACUUUUGAAAUGAUUAUAAUAUAUUCUUACUGUGUAGUUUUUUGCAGUUGUGCUGUAUCACUCUCCGAUGUGUUUUCGGGUUGUGUUGCGCCUGUUCGGCAUGACGUCCGCUUCGCGUGUUGGGAGCCGCGUUAGGAACUGAAACUUCUUUGGGAACGAACUCCCAGCACGUAAAGCGAAACGUCAGACGUGGUCCCGGACAACAUACGGUACAACCCGAACACACAUCGGAGAACAAUAAUAUAUUAUUUUUCUACUUAAUGCACUCGACAUGGCUCUUUCGUUUUUGUGAGAAUUUAAUGUAGAGAUUACCAGGUGUGAAAAUGUCAGAAAUGUAAAAUUAUUUGGUUAAAAUUGUGCCCUGAAGCUUUAUUGCUCUGCGUUUUCUCUUGACUCGAGAUGUGUUUUUUGGACAAACUUUAGCUUUGAAGUAAUUUUUAACUGUUAUGAAUUUUGGUUUCACAAGUGGCCUAUGCCCGAGUUAUUGGAUUUGUAAUUAAUGAAUUAAACGUUUUAACCAUAUGAGCUCGCAGUGGGAUUUAAAUUGUUAGAGCUUCUUGCAGAACUUCAGGCAUUAUUUAAAAUGUUAUUUAAAAUGUGCUAUAUGUGUGUACAGUAAUUUUAGAUAGGUAAUUGUACAGACUUGUGCAGAUUACAUGGAUUUCAAAAUAUAGUUUAUAAAUACUCUGGUUCUCUCGGUAAAGUCACGUAGGUAUAAAAUA